GUAUAUCAGCAUUUAGCCUUAUUAGAGUACGAAGUAGGUUUUCACAAUCAAUUAGAAUGACUUUUGGAACAACCAAAUCUACAAUUUCGUCAUUCCUACUGAUUUGUGUAGUCGGUACUGUAGCAGAAGCAACCAAGAAACCGCAUGUAGUUCUUAUUUUAGCUGAUGAUCUCGGAUAUAAUGAUGUCGGUUACUGGGGGCAAAACCACGGGUCUGCUGCGAAAACACCGUUCCUGGACUCAUUAGCAGAAAACGGCGUUCGAUUAGAAAACUAUUAUACUCAUUCUGUUUGUUCGCCGACCAGGGGAGCCUUAAUGACUGGGAGAAACAGAAUCGACAUUGGUUUAGCACAUGGUAUCAUCCACACGACACAAAUUGAGGGUCUUCCGUUAGAUAAUGUCUUAUUACCAGAACAGUUGUCCAACUGUGGUUACAACACACAGAUGAUAGGGAAAUGGCAUUUGGGAUUCUCAUCUUCUAAAUACGCCCCAUGGAACCGAGGGUUUCAUGGAUUUUAUGGUUUUCUCGCUGGCUCCGAGAACUACUGGUCAAAGUGGUUGCCCAUGGCUCGACACUCAAACAUAGGGGGAGUCGACUUCACCGAUUCUACCACUGGACCAACCAACGAGACAUGGGGACAAUACAGCGCGCAUGUGUACGCUUCCAGGGCAAGAUACGUUAUUCAGCAUCACGACCAAUCUAAACCUUUGUUUCUGUACUUGCCGCUACAAACUCCCCACACGCCUCUUGGUGCACCAAGUCAUUACUACGAACCAUUUAAAGAUAUAGAAGACGAUGACAGAAUGAAAUAUCUUAGCAUGGUGUCAGUGUUGGAUGAAACUGUGCGAAAUGUUACAAACUAUUUGAAAGACGCUGGAAUGUGGGAGGAUACGCUGUUGAUAUUUUCUACAGAUAACGGAGGCGAAGUCAAACACGGUGGUAACAACUGGCCGUACCGUGGCACGAAAAACACUUUAUACGAAGGUGGGGUGAAAGCCGUGGGCUUCGUACAUGGAAAAAUUUUGGGCGAUCUGUCCCCUGCACAGCGCGUAAACCGUGAACUGAUUCAUGUAACAGAUUGGUACCCUACUAUAAUGGCUGCAGCUGAUUGCCCUUAUGUAUCUGGGAACUCAAGAAAUAAGUUGUACGGGUUGAACCAAUGGGGUGCAUUACGGGGUGAGAGGGGUUCACAAAGAACCGAAAUCGUUCAUACGAUCGAUCCCAUGAAUCGUACCUCGGAAAUUCCAGACAUGAGAUUUGGAUUCAACAUCAACGUAAAAGCCGCCAUCUGUGUAAGAAAAUGGAAACUCAUUACAGGAAAUCCAGGGCACGGCGGUUGGUACGCUCCGCCAGAAUCGAAAGAUAUUUUCACCAAAAGCGGUACGAGAGGGUCAAAAAAUAUACAGCUUUUUGAUCUGAGCGUCGAUCCCCUUGAAGAGAAUGAAAUUUCAAACGAACAUCCGACUGUCGUUAGUGAACUGCUCGAGCGUCUUGCUAAGUACAGCUUAAGUGCUCCACCUGCAAUCAACCAAAACACAGACGACAAUGCACAUCUAAGCUGGACAGAUGGUUUCGUCCAACCUUGGCUGAAUUAAUGAUUAAAAACGAAAUGACAUUUGGAAAAUAUUUAUUUUUUCAUUUGGUUGUAACUAUAUUGCUGCUGUUGCACCACUUUUAACUUAGUUCCAAUAAACGUAUUAAAAACGGGUAUAAUGACAAAGUAACAUACAUGGUAACUCGUAAGCUAGCACGAGGUGAUAAACCCGUGUGGUAACGACUGUCGUGUUCCGGCCACGCGAAGAUGAAGUAAGUUACA